AUCCUUGUCAAUCCAACUGGGAAAGAAGGAAAAUUUAGAGCUGUUGGUUGGUGUGUUGAGCUGAAUAAUCUCUUUACAAAGGCAAGCUCUGCAGUUAUCAAUGGAGGAAAAGGGUCUAAUCAUACUAUUGACUGCAUUAUCCUUGAAUCUCCCUUGGUUCAGGUGUACCAAAACUUGCACAGAACAUUUGAGCGCAACUUUCUCCAUACACUCCUCACCAAUUGA